ACCAAAUAUAAGUAUUUCUAUUUUGCUAUCGAAGGAGGUCAUAUAGCCGCGAAAGCCCUCAAAAACCCAGUGAAGAAAAGAUGAGACAAAAGUCAAGAAUAAGAGCGAGAGAGGAGAAAGUUCUUGGCCGACGUCUUCAGUCUUUUAAGAACCUUAAUUCAUCCACAGUCGAUGAAAUCGCCGAUGAUCUUCAGUUCAGUUACCCUGAAUACAAACGACAAAAGAGACCCAUUUUUAUGAAACUACUCCACGAUGUCCUAGAACCCAACAUGAGACACGAGGAGAGGAGCCUUUCCUCUCGGAAGAAGUAUAAGAGGGAUGUUGACGAUGGAAAUAUUUGGGAGAACAAUCAGAAUUGUCCGAGUGUGUCUGAUGUUGACAGUGGGGUUGUGUCGAUGCCGACAUCGACAUCCAACUUACAAAAGAAGGAAGUUUUGGAAUUAGACCUCCCUGUUCCUGUGAGUGAGGUGAAAGUGAAUUUAGGGUUUGAGGAUUUGGGAGGGAUUAAAGGGGUUUUGAAGCAGCUUGAGAAGAAGGUACUUGUGCCUCUCUAUCAACAUCAGCUAUUGCAAUUCCUUGGAGUUCGGCCAAUUUCUGGCCUUUUGUUGCAUGGACCACCAGGUUGUGGUAAGACCAAAUUAGCUCAUGCCAUUGCCAACCAAACUGGAUUGCCCUUCUACAAUAUUUCUGCCACUGAGUUUGUCUCUGGAGUUUCAGGUGAAUCUGAAGAAAAUAUACGAGAGCUUUUUCAAAAAGCACAUAAGACUGCCCCUUCAAUAAUUUUUAUUGAUGAGAUUGAUGCUGUUGCAUCAAAAAGAGAAAACUUACAGAAGGAGAUGGAGCGACGCAUUGUGACUCAGUUAAUGACUUGUAUGGAUGCACAUUCAGAAUCGAAAGUUUCUUCUGACGAUAAACAGAGUUAUGUUCUCGUAAUUGGAGCCACUAAUAGACCUAAUGCUAUUGACCCUGCACUAAGGAGGCCAGGGCGUUUUGAAUAUGAGAUUGAGUUAGGGGUACCAGAUGAAAAUGCGAGGGCAGAGAUUCUUUCUGUCCUCACAAGAACCAUGAGACUUGAAGACUCUUUUGAUCUUCUUAAAAUAGCCAGGGCUACCCCAGGAUUUGUUGCAGCAGAUUUGAAGGCCCUGGCUUCCGAAGCAGGUCACCUUGUAGCAGAGAAACUUUUAUAUGAUAGAAAGUCCAGUUUAUGUGGGAAUUCUAUGGAGGAGGAUCAAAAUACACAAUGGUUGAAAGAACCAGUCAUGCCUGAAGUAAUGGAAAAGAUAAGCAUCACCAUGGCUGAUUUUGAGGAAGCAAUUAAAAUUGUCCAACCCUCUACUAGAAGAGAAGGUUUUUCUACCAUUCCUAAUGUAAAAUGGGAAGAUGUAGGCGGGCUAGAUCAUAUAAGGAAGGAACUUGAUCGAUACAUAGUUAGUCGUAUUAAAUAUCACGAGAAAUAUAAGAGAUUUGGAGUGAAUUUAGAUACAGGAAUUUUGCUUUACGGGCCUCCAGGAUGUGGUAAGACGUUGAUAGCACAAGCUGUUGCUAAGGAAGCCGGAGCUAAUUUUAUUCACAUCAAGGGCCCUGAACUUCUGAAUAAAUAUGUUGGAGAAAGUGAAUCAGCAGUUCGGAUGUUAUUUAGUCGUGCAAGGAUGUGUUCACCAUGCAUACUUUUCUUUGAUGAGGUAGAUGCCUUGACAAAAGAGCGUGGAAAAGAGGGGUCAUGGGUGACUGAGCGGCUACUUAACCAGUUGCUUACCGAGUUAGAUGGUGUAGACAAGCGUCAGAAUGUCUUUGUAAUUGGUGCCACGAAUAGACCGGACGUGAUGGACAAAGCUUCUUUGCGACCUGGUAGGUUUGGCAAGCAUCUGUACGUGUCUUUGCCAACUCCUGAUGAACGUGGUUUGAUCUUGAAAGCCCUGACAAGGGAUAAGCCGUUAGAUGAAACUGUUGAUUUGAAUGCUAUUGGACGGAUGAAGGGCUGCGAUAAUUUCAGCGGGGCUGACCUACAUGCAUUGGUUAACGAAGCUGCAUUGGCUGCUCUUGAAGAUUUUGAUGAAGAUAGUAUCAAAACAACACAUUUUGAUCAAGCACUCACUAAAAUCUCUUCGUCUGUUGCGCCCCAGCAAAGACAGUGCACCCAGUUAUUAUCAAAACCACUUCAAAGCAACACACGAGGAAAAACUAAAAGCUUCCUGUUGGAUUAGAAACUUCCCUCACUAGUCACUACAGCUGAAAGAUUAAGAUCAAGCCCAGAGUUUAUUUUUAUUUUUAUUUUUAAAUAAAAUAAAUAAAUAUAUUUUUUAUUUUAUAUUCACGAGCAAUUUUGUCA